GAAAAGGAGCGUCUGCGAAAUCAGCAAGAAAGGUUGCAGCAACAAAAGCAAGAGGAAGUUCAUCAGAAUGUUAUCAGGCAGAUGAUCACCAAACAUAACAGCAGCCUGUCCAAACAGGCAACAGGACUGAACAGCUCCACUUCAGGCAACACUAGCAGCAGCAAGAUCAGCAGUUACGACAUCACCCCAGUCAAGGAAAAGUUUGUCACCAAGAACAAGACUGCAGAUAACUAUGAUAUAGAAGACAAAGGUUCUGAUGAUUCCACGGACGAUGAGGAAGCACCCAAGAAAAGAAUACCGGAAUGGGCAACAGGAAUUCCACUAAACACAGCCCUGAUUCGACAGCACAUGAAUCCACCUGAUGCCGAGGCAAUAUUCCAGACCCACCGCAUCGAACCCCCUAACUUGGUUCUAGUUUUCCCUGGCAAGAAAAGAGCCAAGUACACUCAGAGAACUAGUUCGGCCAUCUGGAAUUCUCCACCCAUGCCUCGACAUUGA